CAUAUCUGAGUGGAUCGUUGAAACGAACAGCUGGAUCUGUUCAGAUGCGACAGCGCAUGGAAAACAAUUCCUAGACGAACAUCACGGCCGGUGUAGGCAUGGAACUAAUAAUGUGGCAUCCUUGAUAUGACGAUAUUGCCAAUUCCUUCCGCGCAACGAUGGAUGAUCUCUCCGGACUUGAUUGGUCUUCAGCCAACUCUGGCAAAAGCAACAAUAAACCUUCCAUGAACCCGAAGCCGAACCCUAUGAACCCACCUUCUUUCUACCCGAGCCUACGUCCGACCCCAUCUCCUCAGCCUUCCGGCCGAUCUACGCCCCUCUCCGCCCAAGGCUCCGGCUUCACUGCACCUAAGCCGACUACCUCCAAACCAGCCGCCGAUAGCUUCAGUAACCUCGUAAGCUUUAGCGGCGCCAAAAGCAAUACCAAUUUAAGCCUUCGAGAACGGCAAGAGCAGCUCGAGGCUCAGAAGCGCCAGAAGGAAGAAGAAGAAAGGCGAAAGCUACAAUCACAGUAUGGAGGCGGCCAAUUUUGGGAUAAUAUCGCACAGGGCUCUACGCCCGCAUCUCGAACUAUCUCUCCGGCUGCCCACGCAAUUGGUAGUGGGAUAGGGACUCAGAAUGGACAUCAGAAGAACGACGACGACGACCUCUUUGCUGCAUUCAAUAGAGAUACCCAGGUCGACAAUGCCAGUCACUUUCCUCCGCCCGCGCACGAACAGUCAAGGAAAAACACUCCAGCGAGUGGACCUCAGCUUGAUCUAACAUCCGCCAAUGCAUGGAAUAAACCUACUACUUCAGGUGGAGAUCAGUUCGACGACGAUGAUGAUCCUUUCGGCUUGAACAAGGUGAAGGGUCAACCACAGAGGCAGCCAACUAAUGACGCAGAAGAAGAUGACGACCUCUUAGGGGACCUUGGCAAACCGGUCGAUGAAGUACGACGGAAAACUCAAGCAGCUCAGGCGGCUCAGGCAAAACCAGAACCGGGGAGGCCUAUCGAGGAUUCUGAUUCGGAAUCGGAACCUGAAGCUCCCCCGAGAGGAAGCAGCUCAGAUCCAUUUGACCAAGCCGUGGCUGAAUUGGUCGACAUGGGUUUCACGGCCGAGAACGCAAGGCGGGGUUUAACGGAAAGCGGUGCAGGUUUGAACGUCCAAGCGGCAGUCGGCUGGCUCUUAGAUGAUGCGCAUAGACAGGCGCGCAAUAAGCCGACUCCUUCAGAAUCAAGUACAGAACGACCGAGGAGGGAUGAUAACCGUUCUAGAAACCGCGGCGGUCCUGCGUGGAUGAGUGAGGACCAACAUGAUGAUAUUCCUUCGCAAACAGAAAACCGGUCACCGGUUUCAGGAGAUGACUUUUCAAAAAGAGCAGCAGCAGUGAGCUCGAGCUUCUUCAAAACUGCCAAUUCUCUUUGGAAGAGCGGACAGAAACAGGUCCAAAAAGCAGUCGCUGAUUUCCAGGAAAGCGGCGAUCCUAGUCAACCAAAAUGGAUGCGGUCAGCUCAGCUAGAAAGGUCACAUUCGGGAGGGAAUGUGUCUCAGACUGCCACUGAUGAGGCUCUGAUGUUGGAGUCCGGUGGGCCGCCAGAUAGACAACCAUCUAGGCCUACCCAAAGGCGACCUGACGAAGGUCGAGGUCAAUCCCCGGCUCUGCCGAGUCGACCAGUUCCUCAUUCCUCGGGGGCACCUAAAUGGCAGCAAACAGCACAGCCGAGCGCGCGAGAUCCCCGGGCACGGUUAAACAAGCAAGCUAUUGAGGAUCAAAGCGCACAAGCUUACGUCAGUCCCGCGAGAAGGAAGAAAGCAACACCUCAACCAGCACCCCAACCCGCGCCUGAGCAGAACCUCCUCUUCGAUCAAGCUACUUCAUCUAGGCCUCAGCGCUCUCCUCAGCCAUCAGGCCCCGCAACUAAACCACCUACGCAGGCUCCUCCAAAACCCAUUACACCGCGGCCAUCCGCCCCUACUAGGAAGAUACCUACCAUCCCUUCGUCGGUGUUAGAAGCCUCUACACGACAUCGUCUAGAAGGAACUGCACAUUUCAAACGAGGAGACUACGACGCCGCACAUACGAGUUACACGAACUCCCUAGCUGGCAUACCACAAUCGCAUCCUAUUUGCAUUAUUCUCCUUACUAAUCGCGCGCUUACUGCAUUGAAGACCGGCAGCCCUAAGCAGGCUGUAGGCGACGCAGAUGCCGCCAUUGGUAUUAUAGGGCCCUCCCACGGCGAAGGCGAGAAAGUCGCAUUGCCUGAUGGCGAAUCCCGCGAUAUGAAAGAUCUAUAUGGUAAAGCGCUCAGUCGGAAAGCGGAGGCGCUCGAACAGAUGGAGAAGUGGGCGGAUGCCGGAAACGUUUGGCAGCAAUGUGUCGAGGCGAGCGUCGGCGGGGCCAAUGCUAUCGCUGGCCGGCAGCGGUGCCAAAAGGCACUUGCUCCCAAGCCCAAACCUACCCCGAAACCAGCACAGGCGGCCAAACCUCGACCGAAGCCAUCUGCUAUAUCCGAUCUUGGCCCACAAAAAAGCUCCGAGGCAGUACAGCGCCUUCGGGAAGCCAACAAAGCGGCCGAGGCAGCCGACGACGAGAAGUUCGCCCUCAGCGAGAAGGUUGACGCAAGAAUCGCCGCAUGGCGAGACGGCAAGAGGGACAAUCUGCGCGCUCUCCUCGGAAGCCUUGACACGGUAUUAUGGGAAGGCAGUGGAUGGAAGAAAAUCGGCUUGCACGAAUUGGUCAUUGCAAACAAGGUCAAGAUACACUACAUGAAAGCCAUUGCCAAGUGUCAUCCUGACAAGCUACCGCAAGAUGCAAGCACGGAGGUAAGACUUAUUGCCGGCACAGUGUUCGCCACUCUCAACGAGAGUUGGGAUAAGUUCAAAGCCGAGAACGGGUUGUAGAUUCGAACAAUGCCUUGAAUGCCAUAGAGUAAGGUGAUAUAUCAAAUUUCAAAAGAGUGGUUAUAGAAAUGAGAACACGAGUUUAGGGUGCGGCACAGAAUCCGCCAGUACUAAUUUGGAAUUCCGUGAAUGUUGAAGCCAUGGCGCGGCGAGUAUAAGGAUUCCCGGGGUUCGGACGAGGUCGAACCAACAGUGGCAAUUCGCCUUGGUUUUUGAAUAGCAUCAGUCCAUUCUAUUGUU